AUCAUCAUGGCGGACACGAAGAAAGCACCUGAAACUGAAAAGAAGAACGAGAAAAAGGAGAAGGAAGACAGCAAAUAUGGCAAGAAAAUCGAGGAUGACAAAGAUGCAGAUUUGUCUGAGGAAGAUAAACAGCUACAAGAGGAAUUGACCAUGUUGGUGGAACGUUUGACGGAGAAGGAUACCACACUCUACAAACCCGCGCUGGAGCAGCUUCGUCAAAUGAUACGAGCCUCAACAAGUUCAAUGACCUCUGUACCUAAACCCCUCAAGUUUCUCCGCAAACAUUAUGGAACAAUCAAAGAAGUCUAUGAGAAGAUGAAGCGCACUGAAAAUAAGACAUUUUGUGCAGAUAUCAUCUCAGUCUUGGGAAUGACAAUGAGCGAUAAUCGAGACUGUCUAAACUACCGUCUUUUAGGAUCGAAAGAGGACAUAGGAACUUGGGGACAUGAAUACGUCAGACAUCUAGCCGGUGAAAUCGGCCAAGUCUGGACUGAAAACGACACCGAAGAGGAGAAGAAAGAGAAGAAAGACAAAGAUAAGUUUAUGGCCUUGGCUCGGGAGAUUGUUCCAUAUCACAUGAAGCAUAACGCUGAGGCAGAAGCUUGCGAUCUUCUUAUGGAGAUUGAGAAACUUGAUCUCUUGGAGGAGUUUGUGGAUGAGAACGCCUUCCCGAGAGUCUGUUUGUAUCUUACAAGUUGUGUGAAUUAUGUUCCAGAACCAGAGGAUUCUAUUCUACUACGAACGGCACUCGGAAUCUUCCGCAAGUUUAACCGGUACCCAGAAGCAAUGAGAUUGGCGAUCCAACUAAAUGAUAUGGAGCUUGUCGAAGACAUCUUCACAACAUGCAAAGACAGUUUAACGCAGAAGCAGUUGGCGUACAUGCUUGGUGCCCAACAGAUCUUCCUGGAACUCAACGAAGAGACAGAAGAUUUUGAUGAUCUGACAGAGAUUAUGUCCAACAGUCAACUGAAUAUCAACUUCUUAGCUCUAGCUCGUGAGCUUGAUAUCAUGGACCCCAAAGUUCCUGAAGACAUUUACAAAAGUCACUUGGAAAACACACGACCAUUUGGCACGUCAGGUUCCCAGGUCGACUCUGCCAGACAGAACCUUGCAGCGUCGUUCGUAAACGGUUUUGUCAACGCUGGCUUCGGUAAAGACAAACUGAUCACAGAGGACGGCAACGUGUGGAUUUAUAAGAACAAGGAGCAUGGUAUGAUGAGUACGGCUGCAUCUCUAGGGAUGGUACUGCUUUGGGACGUUGAUGGAGGCUUGACUCAGAUUGAUAAAUAUCUCUACUCCGGUGAAGACUAUAUCAAGUCUGGCGCCCUCUUGGCUUGUGGUAUCGUCAACUCUGGAGUGCGUAAUGAGUGUGAUCCUGCCCUCGCUCUACUGUCUGACUACGUUCUUCAUGCUAACAGCACUAUGCGUAUUGGUGCUAUAUUUGGGCUGGGUUUGGCGUAUGCAGGUUCAAACCGUGAGGAUGUUCUGAGUCUAAUCCUCCCAGCGAUGAGUGACAGUAAAUCCAGUAUGGAGGUGGUAGGCAUUACAGCGUUAUCGGCAGGCAUGAUGGCAGUCGGAUCAUGUAACGGUGAAGUCAGCUCAACCAUUAUCCAGACCAUGAUGGAAAAGACAUCCUUGGAAUUGAAAGACACCUUCGCUCGAUACUUGGCUCUUGGCCUCGGCCUGACGUACUUAGGAAAGCAAGAAGCAGUUGAGGCCACUCUAGCUACAUUAGAUGUUCUCCCAGAACCCUUCAAACAAUUCGCUAAGAUCUUAGUGGACAUCUGUGCAUACGCAGGAACUGGGAACGUCUUGAAGAUACAGCAUCUCCUUCACAUCUGCAGCGAGCACAUCGAGGCCAAAGCAGAGACAGAGAAGAAAGAUGAGAAAGCUGAUAAGAAAGAUAAAGAUAAAGAUAAAGGAAGUGAAGACUCAGUGGCUGAUCUAGCCGCUCAUCAGGGCGCGGCCGUCUUGGGAAUCGCUCUGAUUGCUAUGGGGGAGGAGAUCGGGUCUGAGAUGGCGCUACGAUCAUUCGGACAUCUUCUUCGUUAUGGAGAGCCAUCUAUCCGUCGAGCGGUUCCCCUGGCCCUCGCUCUGAUCUCAGUGUCCAAUCCACAGCUUCAGAUUCUAGACACUCUCAGUAAAUUCUCUCAUGACACAGACGCUGAGGUCGCCCAUAAUGCAAUCUUCGCCAUGGGUAUCGUCGGUGCUGGAACAAACAACGCUCGCCUAGCAGCGAUGCUUCGUCAGCUUGCACAAUAUCACUACAAAGAUGCGUCCAAUCUCUUCAUGGUCCGCAUAGCUCAAGGAUUGACCCAUCUAGGGAAGGGUACAUUGACCCUCUGUCCAUACCAUAGUGACCGUCAACUCUUGAGCCAGGUGGCUACGGCCGGUCUACUCUCUACACUAGUCGGCUUUCUGGACGUCAAGAAAACAAUACUCCGAAGCUCUCACUAUCUUCUCUAUGGUCUGGUGUCGGCAAUGCGACCCAGGAUGUUAGUGACCUUUGAUGAUGAACUACGACCUUCCCCGGUCCAGGUCAGAGUUGGUCAGGCUGUAGAUGUAGUCGGUCAAGCUGGUAAACCCAAGACGAUUACAGGGUUCCAAACACAUACUACACCGGUACUCCUCGCCUACGGAGAGAGGGCUGAACUUGCAACGGAAGAAUUUUUACCUCUGACGCCCAUCGUUGAAGGUUUCGUCAUCUUGAAGAAAAAUCCAGACUUUGAGCAGUAAUCAGAAGAUCCUCAGAAAAUAUCCACCGUCAACAUUCUUCUAGCUCAGAUAGUUCAUUAAUCUCAACUUUGUUAAAAAAAUAAAAAAAGGAACCCUCAUGACAAAAACUGUCUUGGAAGUUUAAACCUGGUAUCUUUUAAAGCAUAAUGUACAUUUUGAAAAGUAAAUCACAGUUUUUUCUUGUGAAAAGUUAAGAGGGGGAAAAAGGAAGAAAACCAAAACAUAAAUAUUGGUACCCUCUGAAAUUGGGGUGAUUGUCUUUGUCAAAUAAUUCUUGAAGCCUGUUGUCUUAAAACAAUCUUGUGUUGUCACAAGUCCACCAACAUGUUCACAAGUCCUUAUUUCAUAUUUAACAGGGAAGCUUUUUGACUGGUCCUUAGGUGUUUGUGGACCAGUGGACCAGUGUUAAGGCUGUAUGGGUUUCUGGUUAUCAGUGGAGUCAGUUUGUGGGUGUGGCUUAUAGAGGGAUUAUGCUACACUUGCGAUAGAGCUUUCUAUGAGCUCUGCAGUCAAGUAAUGCACUUGACUUUAAAAACAGAAAAAAACAAUUCCAUUCUGAUAUGUUAAUUGUAAAGUUUUGAAGUAUAAAACUGUAUGAAUAAUUUAGUACAUUGAAAAUGAUUGUAAUAGACCUAUGGCAUUGGUCACCAUAAUUGGGGUAAAAAACUGGAAACAUACAUUACACCAGUGCUGCGCUGUACUAUCAACCUAUGAUAGCUCUUCACUGACCUCAGUGAGGGCGCUGUUUGGGUCUUGUGAUGUCAUGGAAGGGGUCGUUUGUGGGAGUGCACUACUUUAACAUUAUUUCCCAGUCUUACAAUUUUUCUGUGGUUUAAGAUUGAAAAACAAUUGACUAGAAUAGGAUUUGAACCUACCACCUUGGGAUUAACGUGCCAGUGCUCUACUAACUGAGCUUCUAUCUAGCCCUUUGUUGGGGGUCUCCCUAUUUUGUCAAUAACUUUUUCUGUGGCAUACAAGUUGCAUUUUUUUCAUCAACACAAAGAAAAGUUGAAGGUUUAUUUGAACUUUUAUCUUUUUUUUUUAUGUUAACAACUGCACUUGUGGACCAUUUCUCAUGAGAUUGUUUUGAAGCAUAGAUAGUAUUCAUCUUCCGACUGUCACGUGACCCCGAUGAGGUCAGAUUUAUUGAAUAUUCUUUUACCAGCUUCUUUAAAUAUAACUGUCAAUGUUUUCAAUGUUAUAAUAAAAUGUCUGAAGGGAUGCUUUGUAAAAAGUCACAAUUAUUGUCUACUUUUACUCUUUUACUAUUAUGUUUUGUGUUGUACUCUAAUUGGUCACAUGUCGUUUACCUUGUGCUAUAAAGAUUUUAAAGCAUUACAAAUGAAAAAGAUGUGUGCAAGAAAUUAACUAUUUGUAUACACAAUUUACAUUUUAUUUCAAUGUUUCACAAAGUAUUCAGUACUAAUACAUGAUACCACUCGACCAUGUGGAUGUUUUAUUUGAACAUUUAUUUAAUUAUAUUUACCACUUAUUUAAAUAUGAAUUGAUUAUAAAACUCUGUUAUUUGUGGUAUUUUCAUAAAAUGAUACAGCAAUGCUAGACGCUCUCAUUUCAUAUUGACAUAAGAUUCUACAUCCAAAGUUAUUUUGAUUUUUUUCCCCUAGGGAAUAAAAUGUAGAAAUAUUGCCAAUUGAAAAAGAAAAUUUAAGUUGCAGCUCCCUUAAAUAAAAGUCCGGUUUGUGGCUAUGGCCAGACCACUGAAAUGGCCUACUCAUCAACACUGAAGCUGCAUCCACUACACAUAGCUGUAGCCAAAGUCGUUUAAGUCUGCUUAAUUAGCCAAUGACUUGACAAAAAAGUAGUUCCGUUUGGGAUUAUUGCUACAAUCAACACAUGGGACGCAACAAUUAUGUUUUACUUCUAUUUGCACCAAUUCAGGAUUUAUCAUACAUAUAUUUAUAUCAAUUAAUAAGAAAACAUUUUGUUUAAAUAACAAAAUAAUGAACGACAAAAGGAGGACAACUUAGAAGUUCUAAACCUGGAAUUCAGAAAGAAAAGAGUACGACUUGAAACUUUGAAAGGCGGAAAUACAAUACAAGAAAGUAU